AUGCCGAGGGCGCAGCUGGCAAGAGAGAAAAACAUCAAAAGUCUGCUGGGGGUAGUCAUCAGUGGUCGGUUUCGCAUCGUUGAGUGUGUAGGCGGGGGCUCCUUUGGCGACGUAUUCAUGGGCGUAAAUAUUUAUAGUGGCACACGCGUGGCCGUCAAGGUGGAGCCGUCCAAGAGGCACGGCCAGGUACUGACGGAGUACCGCACCUACAGAACGUUAAAUGAGUGUGCACUGGCCGUGGGCAUUCCGCAGGUGUACUUUGGAGGUAAGGUUGGGGACUACAACGUGGUGGUGAUGGAUUUACUGGGGCCCAACCUCGAGCAGGUUUUCAACCUCUGUGGCCGCAAGUUCGGAGUAAAGACAGUGUGCAUGAUAGGUAUACAAAUCUUUCAGCGAAUGCAGAGUAUGCACUGCAUGAAUUACAUUCAUAGAGACAUUAAACCCGAAAAUUUUGUUUUGGGUGUGAGGGAAAAUUCGCAAAUCGUGUACGUGAUUGACCUGGGCCUGGCUAAGCGUUACCGGGAUCCCCGCACGUUGCAGCAUAUUCCGUGGGAGAGCAACAAAUCCCUCGCGGGUACAGUUCGCUACAUGAGUAUAAACACCCAUCGGGGCAUCGCGCAGACACGCAGGGAUGACUUGGAAUCGGUCAUGUAUCUUCUUUUUUAUUUUCUCCGCGGGGGUCUGCCAUGGCAGGGAAUGAAGCACCAAGCAAAUGACCACAACUACGAGGGUAUUUGUGACAUGAAGGUUCACAUUACUCCUCAUACCCUUGCCGAGGGGUAUCCAAGGCAGUUUGCAACCCUUUUGGAAUAUACACGUUCUUUAAGGUUUGAAGAGACUCCGAGCUACUCUUUUUGUUUGCAGUUGCUAAACGACGUGCUUGCAGCACGCGGGGAGACUUUUGACUAUCAGUAUUCCUGGCUGGAGAACUUGGGCCUACGGCUGACGGAGGAGGCGAACGAUGAAGAGACAGUGGAAGACGAGCCUCCGCCAGCGCCCGCCUCAUCCACCGCACGGAGCAAGCACCGGUCAGCAUCCACAAACGCGACACACUAUCAGGGCACGAGUUACAAAGGGUAUGAGGAGGACACAUGA